AUUAAUUUUCAUCAGAAGAGAAUAUCUUUUAUACAUUUCUUGAUGUAUUAAGUUAACUUCAAUUAAAUACUUUUUUCUUUUUCAGAUACCGCAAAUAAGUUAUGCUUCUACUAGUAUUGAUCUAAGCGAUAAAAGCAGAUAUGAAUACUUUUCUAGAGUUGUUCCCCCUGAUUCGUAUCAAGCACAAGCUAUGGUUGAUAUUGCUGAAUAUUUUGGUUGGAACUAUGUUAUAACUAUUCAAGAUGAAGGCAACUAUGGAGACAAAGGAAUUGGUGCUUUUAAGGAAAGGGCAACUUUUUCAGGAAUAUGCAUCGCCAAAUCAUUUGUGAUAUCACGCGACCCGACGAAAGAUUUAUUUAAAGAGACAGUUGAUGACCUAUUCAAAAUUAAAAAAGCAAAAGUGAUAGUAAUGUUUGUGAACGAAGAUAAUGCAAAACAUCUUCUAGAGGCAGUCAUGCAUGCAAACAAAACGUCUGAACUCUGGUUCCUUGCUAGUGAUAGCUGGGGAGCUAAGGUACAUCCGGUUGUGGGCCAGGAACAAGCGGCAGAAGGAGCAAUUACUUUACUUCCAAAAAGAUCCGAUAUUAAAGAAUUUGAUGACUACUUCUCAAAUCUGACAUUAAAAAAUAAUAAACAGAAUUUAUGGUUCCAAGAAUACUGGGGAGAAGUUUAUAACUGUUCAAAAGGGAAUAUAAAGCUACACAAUUGUACAAAACAUAAAUAUGAACAAGAAGGACUGGUACAAUUUGUCAUUGAUUCGGUAUAUGCCUUAGCUCAUGCGCUCCAUAAUUAUUUACAAAGUAAAUGUACAACAGUUAUGAAACAUUGUCCUUUACUGAACUCACCAAAUAGACAAGAGUUGUUGGAGUUUAUCCGUAAUGUAUCUUUUACAGGAAUUGCUGGUGAUGUAGUGGAGUUUAAUAGUCAAGGUGAUGGAAUGGGUCGUUAUGAUGUCUAUCAAUAUCAGAAAUUAUCAACAGACGGGUAUGGCUAUGUCAAGAUAGGAGAGUGGAUUGACAGAUUGAAGAUCAACAGCAGCUUUCUGAACUGGAAAGAGGCAGAACAUAAUGAGGUCCCAAAUUCUGUGUGUAGUGAGCCGUGUACAUUUGGGCAUAAAAAAGAAAAGGUAGAAAGGGAACACGCAGCUUGCUGUUGGAUUUGUAUUCCAUGUGGACCAAACCAAUAUUUAGUCGAUGAAAAGACAUGUAAAGACUGUGAUGAUGGCUUCCGACCAAGUGACAACGUAACAUCCUGUAAACCAUUGCCAUUAUUGACAUUAGAAUGGAAUAGUUUAUGGGUCAUACUGCCUAUUGCAUUCUCUAGCUUCGGAAUCGUUAGCACCAUACUUACCAUAGCUGUUUUUAUAAAGUUCAAUAACACACCAAUUAUUAUGGCAUCUGGGAGGGAGCUUUGCUAUGUUUUACUUGUUGGUAUUUUAAUGGCAUAUGGUACUUCUUUAAUUAUGCUUGCAACACCGAGUAUAAUCCUUUGUACAAUCAUUCGACUGGGACUUGGAGUUUCCUUAUGUUUAAUAUAUGCUGCGAUGUUGACAAAGACUAACAGAAUUUAUCGAAUUUUCAACAACGGAAUUAAAGCAAUGGUUAAGCGACCGAGCUAUACUAGUCCAAAGUCACAAAUAAUCAUCUGCAUGGCUCUUGUAUCCGUUCAGAUUGUUGGCGGAUUAACGUGGCUUGGAUUUGAAAAACCGGAUACUAUUCAUACGCGACAACAUACCGAAUUUCAAGUUCUAAAAUGUAAAGCAAGCCAGAUUGCAAUUAUUGCAUCGUUGACAUACAAUAUUGUUUUAAUCAUACUGUGUACCAUAUAUGGUAUAAAAACGAGGAAAAUUCCUCAAAACUUCAAUGAAGCCAAAUGUAUAGCAUUUACAAUGUACAGCACUUGUAUAGUUUGGCUUGCGUUUGGUGCAAUCUACUUUGGUGCUAGCAGUGAUUUUAAGAUUGAGGUUACAUCCUUGUGCAUGUGUGUUAGUAUCAGUGCUACAGUUGCCCUUGUUUGUGUUUUUGUUCCGAAGUUAUAUAUUGUUUUGCUACAGCCUCAUAAAAAUGUCAGACAAGGCGCCUCGAUGUACAACAAUUCUUACAAGUCCGGACGCCAAAACUCAUUCGGAAGUUUUCCUCUUCCGUGCCCUAAUGGAAACCUAUUUAAUAACCUUAAUGCAAACACUCAGAUAACGCAGACUACUUAUAAUGACGUCUUUUCAGACGAUAUGGAUGAUUUGUCAUGUGACGAGGAUGCUAAUGUAAAUAAUAACAGUACUCAAACAGGAAAUCCAGAGAAUCAUUCCGAAUGAAUAGAAUGUUUUAUUAUCGGUCAGAACAGAAACUUUUAUACUUGCAUCAAGCGUCUGGAUAGAAGCGAUAGUAAAAGAUAUGUUCGUCGUUAAAUUGAACAGAAUUUAUGGUAAUUUCGAAAAUGCAUUUCCACCAUAUUCAAUUAAUAUUCACAUAAGCGUUUUUGAUUUGGGCUGACGUUAUAAUCAAUUUGUGUUUAAUCCACAAACUUCAUAACCCUUAUAAAUGUAAAUGGAAUUUUCUAAGAAAGUCUCAAGAGGGCUUGUUGUAAUAUGACACGUGUCACUCAAGAAAGAAAUUAAUAACCGGUAUGGACAUAUACAUAUCUUAUAUUUCAAGAAUCAUAAAUGGAUAAGGUUGUCCUCAUUUGUACAAUAAUAAAAUAUCACGAAAUACAAUCAAAAA